UUGUGUUUUGUCAUGGAAUCUAUUCGUGUUUUAUCCACUGUUAAAGAACAUUGUUGUCAUAAUUAUACAUACCAUUAUUCGCUUACGUACAAGUGCUGGCAUUUGUAUUCCGCAUUAUGAGGGUGUAAAACACAGCAAUUUCCCUCCGAAUGCCACGGAGAAGCCUCUUGUUUGUCUUUUCUUCUAUUACUUUUCUCGCGAGAUCACACUCUCCCGACUUAGUGAAUUCGCGGGAAGAGUUUCAUGUUGUCUGACAGAGGACGAGGAACAUCAGACAAACGCCAAAUACCGAUUCUAAAGUGUACAUUUUAAGUGACCAUGUUUUCUGACAUAAGUGCCCAGAAGGAGGGCUCCACUGUGCUUUGCCCUCCUGCCUCUGAUGAGCAGCUGCCUUCGUAUCAGAGAGUGUCCCCCGUUUACAACCUCUGCUCGGAGCGUUACAGCGUUGGAGAGCGAAGCUUCAAUCGCCAAUAUGCACACAUUUACGCAGCACGACUGAUGGAGAUGAGACCUUUGCUUACAGAGAGAGCCAAGCAGAAAUGGGGGUCUGAAGUUACCAUCAGAAAGCUUUGUGAUCUUCAGACAGGAGAGCAGUGUUGCAUUGUGGGAACUUUGUUCAAACGUAUGGAGUUACAGCCAUCAAUUCUAAAAGAGAUUAGUGAAGAGCAUAAUCUUCUGCCUCAGCCUCCACGCACCAAGUACAUAAAUGAUACAGACGAGCUGAUUUUAGAAGAUGAGCUCCAAAGAAUCAAACUAGAAGGAAAAAUUGACAGAGACAAGUGUUUCACAGGCUCUGUUGUUGCUAUACAUGGAGCUGAGACAAUUGAUGGGAAAUUCACAGUUGAAGACUUUUGUACCGCUGAGUUUCCAGUUCAGACACCUCGGCCAGCACUUAGCACUGACAGAUUUGUGCUGCUAGUCUCAGGACUUGGUCUGGGAGGUAGCCAGGCUGACAGUCUGCUGGGAUUGCAACUGUUGGUGGAUAUGAUUACUGGACAGUUAGGUGACCAAGGAGAGCAAAGUGGUGCAUCAACUAUAUCCAGAGUUCUUUUGGCAGGAAAUCUACUCAGUCAACACACCCAGGACAAAGACUCAUCGACAAAGGCCAAAUACCUUACAAAGAAAACCCAGGCAGGAAGUGUAGAUGCCAUGCGUCUUUUGGAUGAUCUUCUGCUUCAGCUUGUGUCUUCUGUUCCAGUUGAUGUAAUGCCAGGCCAGUAUGAUCCCACUAACUACACCCUCCCUCAGCAGCCUCUGCACCGCUGUAUGCUCCCUAUGUCUUCUGCAUAUCCCACAUUACAACUGGCCCCCAACCCAUUCCAAGCUGACAUAGAUGGAGUGAGGUUUUUGGGAACAUCCGGUCAAAAUGUUAUUGACAUACAGAAAUACAGCAGUUUAAGCAGUCAUCUAGAAAUAUUGGAAGAAACUCUACAUCUAAGACAUCUUGCACCAACUGCACCUGAUACCUUAGGUUGUUAUCCAUUCUACCUAAAGGAUCCCUUCAUUUUGCAAGAUUGUCCCCAUGUGUACUUCAGUGGUAAUGCACCAUCCUUUGACUCAAAGAUCAUUAAAGGCCCAGAAGGUCAGGAAGUCUUGCUGGUAGCCAUCCCAGAGUUCAGUAGCACACAGACAGCGUGCAUGGUCAACUUGCGCACUCUUGAAUGUGAGCCAGUCAACUUCUGUGCUUUUACCGCUGACAAUGAGGAGAGCGAGAUGAACAUUAGCCACUAAUAUGUUAAUAAUAAAAACAGGGUAUGUAAAAAGAUGUCAGCUAUACUUCAAAAAGAUCUUGCCAGUGACUGGAUGAGCAUUCAAACACAAUUUUAUACUAAAGUUUGUAUCCAGUUUAUUUUCUAACAAUGAAGUAACAUGAUAAAUAAUUUCUGACUGUCACCAUCUAAGAAAAAUAUUGACUUGUUAUAACUGGUUGCAAUGUAAAUAAUCCAAACCUCUGCACUGUCAAAAUUGUUUUAAUGUGUCCAAAAUAAACAUCACAAAAUGUAA